UUAACCAUAUCUCCACUCUCUUCCUCUCUCUGUGUAAAUCAAAUACCAGGUGAAAGUCCCUCAAUCCUUUUCUUUCUCCACCUUCCAAAUCACAUAGGAAAAAAAGCGCAAAAAGAUAACCCCAUUUCCUACAAGUUGAUAAAGCUGCUAAAUAUUCAUUUUUUUCUCUUUCUGCCGAGAAAAUCCCAACCCGUUUUUUCCCUCUAAAUUUUCCCAGAAACUCCAUCAAAGAAGAAAAAAAAAAAAAUGUCAGGUGGGGUUGGUCCAACUUGCAAUGACAUAAGCCUCCCAAAAGAACAAGAGCAUGAAUUCAAAGGACUAGACCCAACCUCCUUGAAAAACACGAACACCACACAAAGACGCAAAUCUGGGUUUCUUUCUUUCAGGCAGCUCAAUGCCCUGGCCGUUGUCAUAGUCCUCUCAGCCAGUGGCAUGGUAAGCCCUGAAGAUUUUGCUUUCGUCUUGUUUUCCUUCAUAUACAUGUAUUUCAUCUCCAGGGUUGCUUUUCCUUCCCUCCAUCCUUCAAGGGAAACCACAGUUUUCGACCCCAAAAGCAAGCUUCUUAGACUUUACGUCUUCAUAGGUGCUGUUGUAGGCCUUUUCCUCCCCAUAGCUUAUAUACUUGAAGGCAUUUUUGAAGGAGAUAAACAGGGGAUAAAAGCAGCUACACCCCACGUUUUUCUGCUUGCAAGUCAGGUUUUCAUGGAAGGAGUGGCAUUUUCGGAUAGGUUUUCGACACCCAUUCGGGUUUUUGUGCCUGUGAUUUACAAUUCGAGGAGGAUUUUCACAAUUGCAGAUUGGUUGAGGAAUGAGUUCUAUAAAGUGGAUGAAGAAUAUGGAGGGUCUCCGAGGAGAUUGUAUAUAGGAAGAGGGCUGGCUAUUGCUAAUAUGGUUUUUUGGUGCUUCAAUCUUUUUGGGUUCUUGUUGCCUGUUUAUGUUCCUAGAGGUUUUAAAAAAUACUACACAGCAGCUUACAAGGUCAAAGAUUGAUGAUGAUCGUAGCAAUUUCUCUACCACUACCACCCAACUGUGUUUUUCCUGUUGAUCAGUUUUAGUGAUCUAGUGUGACUUUUAUUUUAUUAUUAUUAGUACCCUUUCUCUUAGAAAGGGGAAAAAUAAUGUAAGCUGCUUUUAUAGAUAAGCUACCAAGUUGAAAAGUUA